AUGGAUAAGAUUAAAAGUUGGUUAGGAUUUAAUAAAAAUAUUGCUUUAACAGAAAAUAAAUUUUUGUUAAGAAAUGUAAAUGACCAAGAAAUUGUACAAGCAGAAAAUGUAAGAGCAGAAGAUUAUCCAAUACCUGAGAAAUAUUUAGAAGAUCCAGAAAAAAUACCAAAAUAUUAUGUUUUUCAAUCAAAUAUGGUAACAGAUGAAGAUUUACAACCUGGUAUGUUAAGACAAUUAGAAGUAGAUAAAAGAUUAACAUUACCUACAAGAACACAUAUAUCAUUUCUAGUAACAGCUACUGAUGUUAUACACUCAUGGUCUAUUCCUAGUUUAGGAAUAAAAGCUGAUGCUAUACCUGGACGCUUACAUAAAAUUACAACUUUUAUAUUAAGAGAAGGAGUAUAUUAUGGUCAAUGUUCUGAAAUGUGUGGCACUUUGCAUGGAUUUAUGCCCAUAGUGGUUGAGGCUGUCUCACCAGAAGCAUAUGCCGCUCAUGCCAAAAAAUAUUACAAGGAAUGA